UAUUGAAUCGUCUGGACAGGCCCGCAACUUUAGUAUUUAUUUUAUUAUUUUCCAAUUUCAAACCUAUACAACUUGCAUGUUAAUUAUUAUUUUCGAAAUUAAUAAAGUUAAUUACAAAGUGCUUCCACGUCUCUCGUGCAAAUACUCACUAAAUAAAUCGCAUUGCUAAAUGAACAGCAAGGAUAUACAGCUGAGUAAAUCCUUAUCGUGGCUUUUGCGACACGCAGCGGUGAAGGAAGGAUUCGACUUGAGCCCAGAAGGAUACAUUGACAUUGAAAAAAUCUUAAACCAUAAAUCAUUCAAGCAGUACAGCAGCAGCGAUAUAAAGCGGGUUGUCAGAAAUAAUGAGAAACAGAGAUUCCGACUGAGAUUGAACCAGGACACUGGGGUGACAGAGAUCAAGGCUAACCAGGGACACAGCAUUGACAAAGUUACUGAUGUGGAGUUGACUCCUAUUCUGACAGCCAAAUAUCCUACAGUUGUCCACGGGACAUUCACCAAUUGCUGGCCACAGAUAAAACAGAUUGGGCUCAGCCGAAUGCUAAGACAUCACAUCCAUUUUGCCAAAGGUUUAAACACAGACCGGUCCAUAAUCAGUGGGCUCAGGAACAACGCACAGAUACAUAUUUACGUUAACUUGAGCAAGGCACUGGAGGAUGGAAUAAAGUUCUAUGAGUCGGAUAAUGGAGUUAUAUUGACUCCAGGCAAUGACAACGGCUUUUUAGAGACCAAGUACUUUGAUAGAGUCAUUGAAGUUGCUACAGGUUAG